GAAUGUUGCGGACUUGAUUGCGUUGGCGCCUCACGCUCGUCGAGUUUGCAAGUGAGUGGAGUCGGAACGUCGGUCUUGGAAUCGUUAAUUUUUUAUGUGGAGAGGAGAGUGAGAGGGCCAUCGAUCGUCAAAAUCCGCGCUAGUUCAGGUGCUGUGCGAGCGAGCGAGCUCCUGGGGAUCUCGCCGGGAAACACGAGAGAGUGGCUGCCACCGCAUGGAGGUUGGUGCACACUUCGAGGCGGCCAGAGUCUGACUGGAAGCAACCGAACACGAGAAACGGCAGUUUGUAGAAUCUGGAUGGUCGCAUGCUCUUGCUGCUUGAAGCGCUCUGCGAGUUCGUGGGAGGCAGGAAGCAGGAAGGUGUUUGCUCAGCAUAGGUUGGUAGAAAUCGAGGACAAUUAGGAAACGGACCUUGCGCAGAAUGUCAAUGUAUCACGGUGUGAGACGUCUGAUAGCUGUCACCGGGAGGAGUAGCUCGAAUUUUGGGGUGCAGGAGUUUGGGAGUGCGACCGUAGAGGAACAGAUCAAGGGAUAGUUGGCGGAAAGUUCAAAUUGUUUUGGAGUGGAUAGCAGAAACCCAUAGACGCAGAUGCGGACUCUUUGUGAUGUUUGCGAGGCAGCGCCCGCGCGACUUUUUUGUGCCGCCGACGAGGCUGCACUGUGCUUGACAUGUGAUGAGAAGGUACAUGGAUGCAACAAAUUGGCCAGUAGACACGUGCGGCUGGAGCUCGCCGAAGCGCGGGCAGUGCCACGCUGUGACAUCUGCGAGAACGCCCCCGCCUUUUUUUUUUGUGGCAUUGAUGGUACCUCGUUAUGCCUACAAUGCGACAUGGAUGUGCACAUCGGGGGAAAAAAGACCCACGAACGCUAUUUGUUGAUGGGGCAACGCGUUGAGUUACCCACGAAGCCACGCCAGGAUGAUCUUGCAGCAGUGAAAGACGGUGCAACAAAGGACGGGAAGAAAUCCAAGGAUGGAAACGAACACAUUCACCAUCACCACCACCACCACCAUCAUCAUCACCAUCACCAUGAAGGACAACAGGACAAGACCAAACCUGUCACAAGUGGAGAAUGGAAUAACAGCAAUGCACCUGCCGUAGCCAUUGCCGUAGGUGACGAGGAUUUGCAGUCACCCACGAAUCGUCGGGUGUCGCGGAUGAUAGAUCUGAACACAAGGCCAGCACAUUUACAGCAAUUGGCACAUACCAGCAAGGACCAGGAGCUGGCCAGCAGUGACGACGAAUGUGUUGGAGUUGUCCCCGAGAUGGCCCCAAGAUCGUCAUCAGAAAAUUCGGAGGAAUAAUCGGCUAAUUGGUUCAUAUUCCAUUCUCUGUUGUCUUCCAUAAAUGAGGUUAACAAUUCUGUAACAAAAGCUUCACCUCUUUUUUCUAGAAUGACCUUUUCAAUCGGUAGUUCCUUAGUCAAGGAACCAGUUGAGUAGAAUAGAGAUGGGUACAUGUUUUCAGACUGCCAACUACCGCCAUGCAUUUGCAAUUUAGUGUUAUUAUAUUCCGCGGCAUCUUUUUUAGCACUGAUACUCCUUUUUGAGUUGUUGUCGCUCCUCUAUCUCAGUUGCCGCUUGGCAGUGUCUUGUCUUCUGAAGAAUGAAAGGUGGAGGAGAUUCCUCAGUCGAAUCCUGAUAUGUGCUGAGAUGUGGACUCCAAUGGUUAAAAUGGAAGGGUUAAUGCACCAAUUUUUUAGGCACAUGAAUCUUGGAAGAUCAGGAUGUUGUCAAAUGAGGACGUAAGCUCUGUUUGAAACUUUUAGGAAAAGUCUAGUUUAGAACGCAGUCAUUGGAUCUGUAGAGAUGUGCCAAGUCGCUUACAUGUUCGCUCGUGAACACACAAAGCUAUUAAAUCAGCUGGGCACAUGAUUUUAGAAGGUCUUGUUUGGACCUCCUCAUCUUUGGGUAGUUCUGGGGAAGAUCAAGAAGAUCGUGUAAAAAGUCUCAAGCUAUACGUUUGUAUAGAGAGCACAGAGAAAGGUUUUAUUUCUUUCACAAUUCCAGGCACCUUUCAGUCGUUCAUCCCCCAAUCUUUUAUUUGUGAGGGUCGGGGGACAUUAACAGGUUGUGCUCAAGAUCAUUUCAAUAGUACCUCUCAUGUUAAUUGGG